AGAUCUCAAAGACAGGAUGUAUAUAUUAAUUCCGAUAUAAUUUAGGUAAUUACUUUUCCCCAAAUGAAAAUGAUCUGUUCGGUUUAGUCGGACCAAAUUAUCAAAAUCCCCUCCGUUUCUAUUCUACCUUCUCAAUUCUUCUCAUUGCUGUCACCCGAUUGAGAAUCCCAACCCGCUCUUCGCUCCAGUCCAAGCCUCCAGGUUUCACCACCACCUCCAGUCCAUCACUCUUUCACCCAUUGUUCACUGAUUACAAUUGUUGUUAUCGUUGGCGCGUCGCACAAAGAGGAUAAUUCGGUUUAUUCAGUUCAGUUGGAAAGUUAGAUAAAAAAAUUAACUGAACCGACUGAAUGCUCACCCCUAAUAUUAAUUCUCUUAACCGAGGUUGUGGAGCUAGAACUUUUCGAUCUGUUGGUGGUUCGAUUGAUUUUGAAUUUUAGUUGUAGAGAAGAUGUUGGAGAAAAUUGGAUUGCCAGCAAAGCCAUCUCUGCGAGGGAGUAAUUGGGUGGUUGAUGCCUCACACUGUCAAGGCUGUUCUUCUCAGUUCACCUUCAUCAAUCGCAAGCAUCAUUGUCGAAGAUGUGGGGGUUUGUUUUGCAACAGUUGCACUCAGCAACGAAUGGUUUUACGUGGUCAAGGUGAUUCACCUGUGCGUAUUUGUGAACCUUGUAAAAAGCUAGAAGAGGCUGCACGGUUUGAGAUGCGGUAUGGCCAUAGGAACAGAACUGGGAGAGGAAGUUCAAAAUUGAUGACAAAGUCUGAGGAUGAAAUUUUGAACCAGAUAAUAGGUAAUGAUGGGAAGGAGUCUUCUUCAGCACAACAAUCUAAUGCUGACUUGGUUUUGCGAAGGGCAAGUAGCAGUGCUUCAUGCUCAACUCCUCAAGAGGAUUCUGCUCUGAGUGGUGGAGGAGAAAUGAAUAGAAGUCAUUCUGUCAAUGUGCCUAAUCAUGUACUGAAUGAGAUGGGAUCAACCAGUCCUGAAGAAUUACGUCAGCAAGCUUUAGAUGAAAAAAAGAGGUACAAAAUUCUAAAAGGAGAGGGGAAGUCUGAGGAAGCUCUAAAAGCGUUCAAGAGAGGAAAAGAGCUGGAGAGGCAGGCUGAUGCUUUGGAGCUGUCUAUAAGAAAAAACCGUAGGAAGGUUUUGCAAUCUGUUAACAUGGCUGAAGCCCAGAAUAAAGAUGGUCUGAAAGAAUGUGGAACAAAAAAUAGACAAGCAUAUAAAGAGAAGGAUGACCUUACUGCAGAACUAAGAGAAUUAGGCUGGACUGAUGCAGAUCCUCAUGAAGAUAAAAAAACAGUAAAUAUGAGUUUGGAGGGUGAGUUGUCUUCUCUUCUGGGAGACAUCUCUCAAAGGACUGAUAAAGAUGCUGGGACUGGUGGCACACUCAAGUCCCAGGUUGUUGCACAUAAAAGAAAAGCUCUUGCUUUGAAGCGUGAAGGAAAGCUUGCAGAAGCUAAGGAAGAAUUAAAGAAAGCUAAAGUCAUAGAAAAGCAGCUUGAAGAACAGGAACUCUUGGGUGCAGCUGAAGAUUCUGAUGAUGAGAUAUCUGUACUAAUCCGUAGUAUGGGCAAUGAUAAACAAGAAGAGUUGUUAGUUGGGUAUGAUCAGGAACAUGACUUUGAUUUUGAUCACCUUAUGGGCACAGCUGAUGAUCCUGGUGAUAACUUGGAAGUGACAGAUGAUGAUCUGGUGGACCCAGAAAUAGCAGCUACAUUAAAAUCACUAGGUUGGACUGAGGACUCUGACAUUCAGCAAAAUAAUGCAGUCCAUUCUGUCCCCAUUGGCAAGGAAGGACUAUUGAGUGAAAUUCGUUUAUUGAAAAAAGAGGCACUUAACCAAAAACGGGCAGGUAAUAUUGCAGAGGCAAUGGCACUGCUAAAGAAGUCAAAGUUACUUGAAAAGGACCUGGAAAGUAUGGAGGGUGAAGCAGAUGAUUUAAUCACACACAAUACCACAACUAUUCAGAAAAGUUUGACUUCUCAAAUAGUAAAUGCAAAUAAAAAUGUGGACUCUAAAGUUGCACCAAAGAGUAGAUUGAUGAUUCAGAAGGAACUUCUGGCUUUGAAAAAGAAAGCUCUUGCUUUGAGAAGAGAAGGAAGAUUGGAUGAAGCAGACGAAGAAUUGAAGAAAGGUAAAGUUCUUGAACAACAACUUGAAGAGAUGGACAAUUCGUCAAAGGCUAAGUCUACACAGGUGAAUGUUGGUGGUAAGGAGCCAGAUUUGACAUUUGAAUAUCCUGAUAUCCAGGGAAAUAAGCCAGCUGGAGAAGAGGAAGAGGAUGUAACGGAUCUAGAUAUGCAUGAUCCAACAUACCUCUCUCUUCUAAAGAACUUGGGUUGGAAAGAUGAAGCUAAUGAUUUAGCGAGCUCAUUAUUGAAACCUUCUAAGGAAAAUGAUAAUGAGCCCUCAGUUACUCAGGCCUCGUCCAAUCUAUCAUCAAGGAGACCUAAAAGAAGUAAAGGUGAGAUACAGAGAGAACUCUUAGGCCUGAAAAGAAAGGCCCUUACUUUGAGACGUGAAGGGAAGACAGACGAGGCAGAGGAAGUGCUUAGAUCAGCAAAAGCAUUGGAAACGGAAAUGGAGGAGAUGGAAGCACCCAAGAAAGAAAUUCAUGUUGAAUCAAACAGGCCCAGUGAUAAUAUAAUUAGGCCUCCUCUUAUAAGUGUGGUCGAGGAAGGAGAUGCAGAUGAUGUUACAAAAAAAGAUAUGUAUGAUCCCUCAUUGCUUUCUAUGCUAAAGAAUUUAGGGUGGAAGAAUGAAGAAGAUGAACCAGUAAAUGCACCAGGGAAGCAGUCUAAAAAUGUUUCUGUUAGUUCUGGUCAUUCCAUUGAUCCAUCUUUAAUGGUUUCAGUUGCAACAUCAAGUACUGAAGGGGAGAUCCAACGAGAUCACCUGGGAUUUCUUAGCAAUGCAGGAAGGGACCAAGGCUUUGGUUCUAUUGUGCAAUCUCAUCAAUCUGGAAAUGUAAUGGACCUGAUGACAGGUGAUGCCUGGAGAGGUUCUCAAAUAUCAGCUGAAAAGCCAGAUGCCCAUGUUCAAAUUGAUUCCUUGACCAGUUCUGAAGAAAAUCUCAAAAGCAAAAAAGAUAGAGUCAGUUCUGGUUCUGAUGUUUCUUGCCAGGCUGAGCACCAGGUUCAUGUAGCGUCCUUGACAGGUUCCCCUAAAAAUCUCAGUAGUGAAGUAACUGUUACGGCUGAAAAGCCUCUUACUCAUGAAACAAAUUCUAGUCAGAGAUUGGCUUCUCAAAUUAGCAAAAGUCCCCUUAAGCAAGAAGUUUUGGCUCGCAAGAGGAAGGCGGUUGCUUUAAAGAGAGAAGGAAAAUUGUUGGAGGCUCGAGAAGAACUUCGUCAGGCAAAGCUUCUAGAGAAGAGUUUGGAGGCAGAUAUUUCUGAUGCUGAAACUGAUACACAGGAUUCAACAUCUGUGUCUAGUGCCUCUUCUGUUCAAGAAAAAGAGCCGAGUGCAUCCAGUUCGGCUCCAAAACCAUUGUCUGGACGUGAUCGUUUCAAGUUACAACAGCAGUCACUUAGUCACAAACGGCAAGCACUGAAACUGAGAAGAGAAGGCCGGACAGAAGAAGCAGAAGCUGAAUUUGAAUUGGCCAAGGCUCUUGAAGCACAGUUGGAGGAGGCAACUUCUCAAGAUUCAAGCAAGUACAAUGUCAAUAUGGCAGAAUCAGCAGAUGAUGGAUUGGUUGAAGAUCUUCUCGAUCCUCAACUUCUAUCUGCUCUGCGAGCAAUCGGUAUUGAAGAUGUUAGUCCAGAAAAACCAGCACCUGUCAAAUUUAAUCCUCCCAAGGGUGAAGCUGUUAGCCCAGAAAAACUAGGACCUGUCAAACUUAAUCCUCCAAGGGGUGAAAAAGUUAGCCAGGAGAAGAUUCAGUUAGAAGAGCAGAUCAAGGCAGAGAAGGUAAAGGCAGUAAAUUUGAAACGUUCAGGGAAGCAAGGUGAGGCUUUGGAAGCUCUUCGGCGAGCCAAAUUAUAUGAAAAGAAACUAAAUUCCUUGGUCUCCAAUUGACAAUUAAUGAUGUUUGAAGUCUCUCAAGCAUGUUUUCAGGCCAUACAAUUUGGUAGAGGACACCUGACCCUGGAAAACAAGAUGACUGGAAGCUGAUUAUCAUAAAUUUGGGGUUACAGAAUCUAUUGCGAAAACUGUACCAUUUUUUGAAUAUAUGUGUCUCAUAUUUACGGUUAAGAACGAAGAUGCUGAUUAUUAAAAUAAACAGUGGAAAAUGUAUGGGAUUUUUUUUUUUUUUAAAAAAUGGGAAUGGAAAACGAAAUUGGAACUGCUUGCUGCCA